AUGGACUGUGGGUGCGGUGCUGGAUUGGAAUUUCCGACACGAGGCGACGAAACAGGGUCUGUCCAUCGUGGCAAACCAGCUGCAGGAGAUCCAUCGGUUCGAUAUCGAGCGGGCCCGUCUAACGGUGACCGUCCCAUGGUGUAUGUAUCGGCGGCCUGCAUAGUCGCGUACGGCUGGGUGAUGGACUAUCGCACGGCGCCGGUCGCACCCAUGGCGAUGCUGUUCUUCACAGGCCAUUGCACCACAGGGGCAUUUACCACCCUCAGCACGCUGGUCGCCGACGUGCAUUGUCAGGGUCCGGCCACGGCGGUGGCGGCGAAUAAUCUCGCCCGAUGCUUAUUAGCAGCCGGUGUCGCGGCCGUGGCGUCACCGGUGAUCGAUCGCAUUGGACUGGGGUGGACGGCGACGGGGGUGGCGGGCAUCUGGUUUUGUGGAUCGCGUUUUGUUGGGGGGUAUCAAUGGCGGGUUCGUGCAUGA